ACACUCUUUUCUCAUCUCUCUCGCCUUUCAUUCGACUCCUCAUUCCCCAUCACCCAUCCCCUCAUUCACACUCCACCAGACCUUCCUUGGUCUCCCACAGCUAGAGAAACUCUCCUCUUCAUCCCUCUCCCUUUCAUUUUUCUUGAUAACAUUUUUGUGUUCAUGUCCAUCUCGUCCGAUAAAAUCCCUCUUUUCCACUCCAGCUCACCCGACUCCCCCUGUUCCUCGCGACUAUCAGAGAAACUGGACGACUACACCAAACGGGAACCAUCAGCACCAGCACCAACACCGGCCUUCCGACUGUCACGGAUCCUCAUAGCAGGCGGGGGGGUUGGCAGCCUUUUUCUCGCCAUCCUUCUCGAGCGUCUCGGUAUCCCAUACUACCUCUUUGAGGAAGGAUCCAAAGUCCAGCACCUUGGCGCAGCACUAGCACUGGGCGCGACAGUCCUGCCGGUCUUUGAACAGCUGGGACUGACGAGUCUGCUGGCGAGCAUCUCACUUCCCUGUGCAACCCUCGACAUAUACGAUGCAAAGCUCAAGAAGCUGGGCUCCGUCCUGAUGAAGGGACAGAACGAGAUCACUGGAUACGAAAACAUUGUCUGCUCUCGCGUGAACCUAUACGAACUAUUGCUCGCACAACUCAACCCGGCAAACGUGGUCAUGAACAAGAAGAUCCUGUCUUACGAAGAAAAUGAAUUGGGUGUCAACGUUUGCUGUGCCGACAACUCUAUAUAUUGCGGGGAUAUCCUCGUCGGUGCAGAUGGUCCCUACAGUCGUAUCCGCCAGACGAUGCAUCGACACAUGGACAAGCGUGGAUUGUUGUCAAAGAACGAUAAGGAGCGUUUGACACGGAAUUAUGUAUGCGUCGCAGGAGUGACGAAGCAACGGAGUCCAGAAGAAUAUAAGUUCCUGAAAGACCCAUUUGUACACUUCUGUACGGUCGUAGGAGGCAAGGGUCAUGGGUGGCACGCAGUCAAUAUUCCAGAUGACCAGAUCUGUUGGGCAACAUGGAUGCAUCUGGACGCGUCGACAGCAUCGCAGGUGGCUACUUUUGAAACAUCUGAGUUUGGAGUCGAGAACACGGAGCCUAUUGUGAAGGCGUUCCGGGACAUGCCGUGUCCACAUGGAGGCACUAUGGGCGAACUCGUAGACGCAACCCCGGAAGACCUCAAAUCCAAAGUGUAUAUAGAGGAGAAACUGUUUGACGCGUGGUACUAUGGACGGACGGUUCUUAUUGGCAGUGCAUGUCAUAUCAUGUUGCCUUGGGCUGGACAAAGGGAGCUGAAUGAAAUUCAUGACGCGGUGAUACUCGCUAACUGUCUAUUCGAGCUCAAGGACUUGGGUCUGAAGAGCAUUAGUGCAUCAUUCAAGGCGUACUAUUCGCAACGGUACCCAUAUGCCAUAGCCCAGUUCCAAUACAGCAGGGCAGUUACACGACUUGUCGUUGGCCAGACGCUAAAGGAACGGAUUUCACGCUACGCGAUCUUGAACUGGCUACCACACUCGUACCAGCAACGGAUGCACCAUGAAAUAUUUGCCUACCGGCCACAGGCAUCGUUCAUGGCCCGAGCAGAAAACCGGGGAAGGGGAUUCGCGUUCCCGCAAAGGUCCGCAAAGCAAUGGACGGAGGCCGAGAUCGAGAGGCGGAUCUCGGCCGUCUGGAACAAACGUGCCUCCAUCGCUGUAUAGAUCAACGCAUAACAAAACAAAUGACCAUAGUGAUAUCGUAUACAUUUUUUAUGUUGACGCCAAUGUCCUGCUAGGCUUCUAGGGGUACUAGAUCCCACUGGCUGCUCCUGGCGAUAGCAGACUAGCUACUUAAUAAUACAUAUGAAACAAUUUUGUACUGAAUGAAAAUGUG